CCCGUCAGCGCGAAUGCCCUCAGCUACCUUAUGCAUUCCAACAAGGCGCAUGACACUGCAAACAAUAGUCUCAUGGCAUUGUUUAUCAAUUGCCUAUAAUUCUGUCGCAAACAUUUAAGAUUCAUCUGUUUUGAUGAGGUAUCGGAAGAUCCCCCUGGAGGUGGUAUUUGGCCUAACCCAUUGCAGCCUCAUUUAAUUUCAACUGAAACAUCCAUGUCCAGGACCCGCACGCCAUCAACUCCUUACAAUAUGUCUUCCCUCGCCCUGUGGCUUUGACCAAUCGUUCAUCUCUCCCCACUCACUCUCUUUUUUUUGCACUCUCAAUGAGAGAGAGCGUUGCGUUCUCUACAGGAUGGCAGCCCAUUCGCCUCAGCUCAACCGCCGCGGGUCGGUAGACCAGCUCUUCGAGCUGGUGGAAGGUCUCGACGAGACCCAGAUUCACACUCUCCUUGAAGACUUCAACAAUACCGUCUCGAGCAACAUUCCCGUCUCCCACGGCAUCGACUUUUUCGAACAUCCUACGACGGGCGUGACCAAGACGAAGACUACACCUGCGCGAUCAUCGUCGAUUCGAAAGUCGUUUAAGCAACUUCCUAGGUUGUUCACGCGCACGCCGAGCAAACGAGCUGUCUCUGCACCGAUUGCGCGUCCGAAAACAGCGGCGCCGACGACGAAGCAUUACAGACGGAUUAGUCGACCUGUACUGCCGACACUUUCGAGUGGACCAGACCUAGAUGCUCUGCUCUCAGCGUAUCUUGCGCCAGCUCCACCGCCGUCGUCUUCGCACAAGACCAUUUCUCCAUCGCGAUCGAUAUCGAGUAAUUCUACACUGAGCCUCGAGGCGGAAGAUUCGGGCGUUGAUUCACUGGCACCGCUUGUAUUCGGUCGACCGCAGCGAGAAGCCAGCCCAAUGGGCGAUAUUAUGGAAGUGCUCUCGUUCUAAGCACCGAAUAUGGACGAAUAAUACCUGCCAGCACGGCACUUGGACGUCCACCACGACAGUAGUGAUGCAACCACUACAACAACACUAUUUGCUAGCUCUGCUUUGACAUUGGCUCGGCGUUUUUCUAUUCUGUACGAUCAUUGGAGGCGUUUUUAAAGCUGUUUGCUAGUCAGGUACUAGACUGUCUGUCACCCAAGGGGAGGUCCACUUUCUACCAUAUCAUCCUGUUUGUACUCGAUGGAUUCACGAAUUCAUUAUAACUGCCCAACUACGUACCAAUCUACUAUACCCUUUCUUUGUUA